AUGCCUGGCCAGGGUGGCCGCGGCCAGGGAGACCAGAAAGACAAGAAGGAUCAAAAAAAGAAAUGGGAGCCACCUCUCCCGACGAGCGUUGGAAAGCGCAAGAAGAAGAAGGGCCCCGACUCCGCGUCGAAACUACCCGCCGUGUCCCCUACAACCCGCUGUCGGUUGAAGCUGCUCAAGAUGGAGCGCAUCCAGGACUACAUGCUCAUGGAGGAGGAGUUCAUCCAGAACCAGGAGCGGCUUAAGCCCGAGAUCACGCGCGAGGAGAAGAACGAGGAGGACCGCACCAAGGUCGACGACCUUCGCGGAAGUCCCAUGGCCGUUGGCACGCUCGAGGAGAUCAUAGACGACGACCACGCCAUUAUCUCCACCGCCUCUGGUCCUGAGUUCUACGUUUUCAUCAUGAGUUUCGUCGACAAGGACCUCCUUGAGCCCGGGUGCCAGGUUCUUCUUCACCACAAGAACCAAGCGAUCAUUGGUGUUCUUCAAGACGACGCCGAUCCUAUGGUCAGCGUCAUGAAGUUGGACAAGGCGCCGACAGAGAGUUACGCGGACAUUGGUGGUCUGGAGCAGCAGAUUCAGGAGAUCAAGGAAUCCGUGGAACUGCCCUUGACGCACCCCGAGCUCUACGAGGAGAUGGGUAUCAAGCCACCGAAAGGCGUCAUCUUGUACGGUGUCCCUGGAACUGGCAAGACGCUUCUCGCGAAGGCGGUUGCCAACCAGACGUCCGCGACUUUCCUUCGCGUCGUCGGCUCCGAACUCAUUCAGAAGUACCUCGGUGACGGUCCCAAACUUGUGCGCGAAUUGUUCCGUGUUGCGGAGGAGCACGCGCCGAGUAUUGUGUUCAUCGACGAGAUUGAUGCUAUCGGUACAAAGCGAUACGACUCAACAUCGGGUGGCGAGCGUGAAAUCCAACGUACCAUGCUUGAACUCCUCAACCAGCUGGAUGGUUUCGACACGCGGGGAGACGUCAAGGUUAUCAUGGCCACCAACAGGAUUGAAUCUCUCGAUCCCGCCCUGAUUCGGCCAGGACGUAUCGACCGGAAGAUCGAGUUCCCUCUACCAGACAUCAAGACGAAGCGGCAUAUCUUCAAGUUGCACACAUCACGCAUGAACCUGGCGGAGGACGUCGACUUGGAGGAGUUCGUCACUACCAAGGACGAUCUGUCGGGCGCCGAUAUCAAGGCGGUGUGUACCGAGGCUGGUCUCCUUGCAUUGCGUGAACGACGGAUGCGGGUCACGAAGGCGGACUUCACGUCAGCAAGGGAGAAGGUGCUGUACAGGAAGAACGAGGGCACUCCAGAAGGACUCUAUCUGUGA